ACCAUGACCAGGCUGACUGUCGUCGUCGCCGCAACUCUCAACAAUGGCAUAGGCCAGAACGGACGCCUCCCCUGGCGACUAUCGAAGGAGAUGCAGUAUUUUGCUCGCGUCACCUCGAACGCGCCAGAGGGCAGCGUCAACGCGGUACUGAUGGGGAGAAAUACAUGGGAGAGCAUCCCGAAGAAGUUCAGACCCCUACCAAGGCGUCUCAACGUCGUUAUCAGUAGCAACAGGCAGUAUGAGCUUUUUCUUACACUCCAAUUAGACUCGACUCUGGACCGACUCUCUCACUCCGAACGUCUAGAACCACCCAUUCACAGAGCGUUCGUUAUUGGCGGGGCCUCGCUGUACCGGGAAACACUCUCACUAUCACCUUCGUCGGGCUCAUAUGUGGAUCGCGUCCUCCUCACGCGCAUCCUCGAGCCAGCAUUCGAACAGUGCGACGUGCACAUGCCUAACUUUCUGGAUGCAGAGCCCCAAGGGGGAGAGCAUGUUGCGUGGAGAAGAACAAGCCAUGCAGAGUUGCAGGAGUGGGCGGGGUUCGCGGUGCCGGAGGGGAUACAGGAGGAAAGCGGUGUCAAGUAUGAAUUCCAGAUGUGGGCCCGCUAGCUAGUACCCGUCCACCAUAUGUGGAAUCCCGUUUUGUCGCGUCGUCUACCGUGACUGAACGAUAGCCACCGUGUCUUAUCCGAAGGAACAGGCUUGAAGCUGCGAUCAGCCUUGUCGCUGGAUCGACGAGACGUCUGAGCAAACCACAGACGAAAAUGCACCCUGAGCAACGCACCUGUUUAUGCCUCGGGUUUUUUG